AGGACUUGGACAUUAUGGUGAUACCGUGGCUGCUUCUCCUUGAAAUGGGCUUAUACGCCAGUUCUUUCGUGUGUGGGAUAGUCACGGCAUCAUCUCUCACUAUCGUACAGGGUAGUUUCGGGGGACUCUGUAUGCUGUAUGGAACAGUGACCCAUAACUCCUCAUCAGACUCCAUAUUGGUCCAGACCUCCAGCUCUCCUUCGCUCUGUUACUUUGUCUCUGCUAUCUCAGUGUGUGUGUGUUCCUGGGCUCGGUGUGUGUGUGUGUGUGUGUUCCUGGGCUCGGUGUGUGUGUGUUCCUGGGCUCGGUGUGUGUGUGUGUGUUCCUGGGCUCGGUGUGUGUGUGUGUGUGUGUGUGUUCCUGGGCUCGGUGUGUAUGAGGAUCCCUGAGUACUGCAGCCCAGUGAAGCAGAGAUGGUCUACACUGGAAUAAAGGAUAUUACAAAUAUGGUAACAUGUAAUGUCACUUUAGGGUUCACCUUGUUUUGAAACAGUUUUACUGAGAACAAUUCAUUUACCUUUGUUAAGCUCUUAUUCAUUUCUCUGUGGUCCCUCCAUCUGCAGUCCUUUCAUUCUUCCUGUAUUUAGGGAGGUGUGUGUGUGUGUGUGUGUGUGUGUGUAGAGAAGUGUGUAACUUGCUUACAGGGACAAAAAUUGUCUCAGAUAAUAUCUCUCCGUGUGUGUCCACUCAGGACCACAGACAAACCAAGUCACAGUCAGCGUUGUCACACUGUCCUACACAAACACACACUAAGAUUCCUUCCUGGCUACUAAGAGGCUAAGCAACCAUUUUGUUACUUCAUUCCCUUUCUGCCUGCAAUUAUUUGUACUUUUUUAUUUUAUGAAUAUUGAAAAGCAAAAAAAGUGUAUUUUGAUUUGAAUUAGGUAUUGUUGACCUUUUUUUACAGAUCUUCCUAAAAUAGUUAUCGACCAAUAACAGUAGGUGUGAGCAGAGCAUUUUGACCAAUAAAGAUGCAUUGCUUUGUC